AGAGGCACUAGUAAAAAUGACAUACUUAUGGAUAACACUAUAACUAAUAGCAAAACAUAGUUUGUGAUUACUUAUUUCUGAGUUAUAUUGCUAAAACUGAAAACUUUCUUGAAGCACAUGUUCUAUAUUAUUUUUGUGCAUUUUCUUGGCAAUGAAUAUGAAACAUAUAUUCAUUUGCAUCUGUUAGAGGAAUUAGUAGUAAUACGUGAUAACCAAACCACUGAGAAUAUUUAGUAAGAUGUUCCUUGUUUGUUCAGUACAAGAGAAGAGAUGUUUUUUCUUUUGUUUGUUCUAUAAUAUAUAGUCGAAGGUAUAAUAGUACCAAAUAUUUUUAGUAAUAUAAUCUCUUUAAACACAUAAGCUAAGAUCCACUUGCGCUGUUCAUGCCUGCAAUAGACCUCGAAAAGACUAAUGUGUGAUUAAAGUUGAUCAUAGUAUUAUACAGCACAUAAGCUAGCAUUAUGCUCACAGUUCAUCAAUGGUCGUAGCUACACAUUAUUUAUUACACAAGUACAAAACUGAGAUGGCUUUUCCUAUUACAGGAAGCCCAGGAAGAUCUCACAAAAUCUCUCUCCCCACCCUCUUUGGAAUAGGAACAGCUCACGCGUUCUAGCUUUUCUUUGUGUAAGCUAUGUGGUAAAGUUAGAGAGGACUAGGUUACAUUUGUUUAUAUAAUAAUAAACCCACAUGCCUUGGAGUUACAGAAGAGUCAGUGACCCUAGGGCUUUUGUUUACUAUGAAAAAGUGUCUUUUGUUGUUUAGAAAUGGGGUUAAAUACGUAAGCAUCUGAUUUAACAGAGAGACAGAAGAAAGAAAAGUGUUUAGUGGGGAAUCACUUGUUGUUGCUGACGACUUAAAAUGAAUCUUAAACUGUCUUCAUAAGCUGUUCCGUACAAGGUAACAUGGCUUAAGAGGGAGAAUCUUGAAAUUUAAUCUCAACAUUUAUUUUCUUGAGAAAAAAGCAGCUUACUGUUGGCUAGCCAAAUAUUCAAAGGGCAACGUUUGAUGUUAACAUGAGUUAAUAUUGACUUAGAAGCUAACUUAAACCUAGGUGCCUUCUUCUUAUUUGUCUUUCAAUCUUAUUAUAAUUUGAUUUAACUAAACCUUGGUCGCUUUACAUUUGAUGUGAUUCUUUCAUUAUUUCUGGUAGCAUAAUAACACAUUUGCAUUCAAAUACAGUGUUUAGGGUUUCAUGUUUUGGUCAUAAUAAGUGGGCGGAAAUUUAGUGUUUUUUUCUCCUUUAUAUUCAAAUACACUGUAAGCGAUGUGAUUGUAUUUUUCUGGCACACUUUAGUUUUCUUUUUAUGUAUUCUGCUUCCCGUCGUGGUUUCUUGAUCUACAUGACCAUGCCUUUCUAAAACUUUGUGUGGAGACACAUUUUCAUAUUUAUUCCUUGAUUAGUGUCAGUAAUCAUUAUUUCUUGAGUAAAUGGGAUUUAGAUUUCAAAUUUAGUGGGCUGUUGUUAUCAUGUUGUUGAAACUGGGUGUAAGAGUUACCCGACAUAGGUUUUGACUCUCCCUCUCUAUGUGUGCCACACGACUCUUUGCUUUUAACAUAUGGAGACCGUUAGAGAUAACAAACAAACACUCAUUUUCAUAAUUUAUAGCACUAUUGGGGAAACCAAAUUUGGGAACUUUCAUAGCUUUUUGUUGUAUUGUUUUAUUUCUUGGAAGGUAAAUAUAUGUGUAUAUAUAGAUAGAGCAACCUGUGUCGGUAACUUUUUGACAUGUUACUUCCAUUAUGUCUAUCUCUAAAUGGCCGACUGGUUUUUCGUAUGCGUUUUGUUUGCUUUUCUGUUUCUUUUUUUCAUUUAGAUUCUAUGUUAUUUUAUAAUAUUUCAAACUUAUCAGAAGAGGAGAUUCAGUUAUACUAAAACGUUUGAUAGAAAUACUGUCUUUCAAAAUGUAAACAUUAGGAAGAAAAAAAAAUGUAAACAUUAAGAACCCAAAUGUUAACGCAAAUAUUUUAUUUUUCACUCGGAACUUUCCUUAUUCUCACUAUUUUUGUUUGUUUGUUUUUCAUUUUCCUGGUUAGUAGUCUCUUUCUGUCACAGAUCACAUGAAGGUCAGAAUAAUUCGGUUUUCCCAUUGCCUGAAUUAGUCAAAAACGAUGAUUAAAUCAGUUUCAUGGGACUAUGCUUUCCAAAUUGCUCCUUUUGCAAUCAAUUAAAGUCUCCCUUCAUAACAGUACAAAAGAAAGGAUAACAUUCAAAGUUUUUCAAAUUUAACCAUGUGCACUAUACAAUGACUUAUUUUCUCCUUUCACCUUUUAACACACACACACACAAGAUUCUUAUCUGCAUUGUGUGGCAUAAUUAUUUUUUAAAAGUUUUGCGUUAUACAAGUGGUAGUGUGGAAAAGCUCCUUACCAACCUCUCUAGUCCCUGCACAUUGCAUAGUCGCACUUUCUCUUUCUUUUCUUUAUUUAUUCAAUUUUGGGACACUACAAAUUGGCAUCCUCUCCCUCUCAUUAUCCUUCAUUCUCAUUUCCAAACACCUCUCUACUUCUUUGUUUCGCAUCUCACAAAUAACCUCUCCUUUUCUAUCUCUAUCUCUCAACAGAUUUCAUCUACUCCUAAUAAGAAAAUGGGAACUGUUGUGUAUCAACAAGGGUUUCAGUCAUCUCAGCUUAAUGAGCCUUGGGCUUUAAGGCUUAGGCUAUCUUCACCAACUCCUCACUUCUCUCAACCCUUAGCCCUCAAGUCUCAUUUGCUUGACUCCUCUAAUGCAAAAGACACCCAAAACAGCAACGAUGACAAACCAGCUGCUUCCUCGGGUCCUGAUUCGAGUAGCUGGAGCUUUAUCCAGUCUCUAUCCUCUGGCUUCUCCUCCUCUCUCUCGAAGACGACUAGCUCUGAGAAAGAGAAGACUUAUGUUCAACGUCCUUCUUCUUCUAGAACUCUAAGCGACGAGAGCUUAGCAUUGUGUACUGAAAAUCUUGGAAGUGAAACUGGCUCUGAUGUUACUGACGUCGAAGAUCUGUUCUUGCUUUCUUUAUCUGAUAUGCAGACCAAGAAACUCGAGGUAACAACAACGGAGACAAGAACGUUGAAAAUUAAGAAAGGUUGCCCUAGUGAUCUCCCACCUCCGUUGACCAGUAUGAGAGGGUCUCAAUGCAUUCAAAUGAGACCACACCGUGAAGAUGGAAGAUUGGUCAUGACUGCCACAAAGGCACCGCCUCUUAACAGGUGCUUCCAAGCUGACCGAAGCAAUGGUCGUCUCCGACUCUCUAUCUUGAAAGACACAGAUGAGAAUGUAGAAAACGAAGAAGUUAAGAUUGAGACGGAAGAAAACGAAGAACACCAGGAUGAGGACGAAGAAGACAAUGAAGUGAUGAUGUACAAGGAGAAUGUUCAAAUAUCAAGAAGAUGUAUUGAAGGCGAUCGGGAAAACAGGAGAUUGCUAAAUUGGGAAUCCUUCAGCAUUGCUACUUCCCAAAAAUAAGAUACUUCUUUGUUUUGCUCUGUUUUUCACAAUCAUUUAUUGUAAUCUUUUUUUUCAAUUUUCAAUAGAAAUAUCGCCGUUUCCUAACUCGGGAAAAAAGUAGAUUAUAAAAGUGAAUAAAAGAGAUUUAUUAA